UCUCGCAGUACACACAUUAUUCGUGCCUGCGCUGCGCCUGAACGGGUUCGAUUAUUUGUACAGCGAUAAUAUAGCUGUUGGAAAAGAAAGAAGUGUGUUCACUAGAAUUUACGUAAAUUCGAACGAGCAAGUGGCGUCGCAAACGGAUCCCGCAUCCAUGAUAGUGUCCGCUGUAACGCGUCUCGUUGCGCUAGACGGGAAAACGGAAAGGUUAAACGCGCAGUAGAACCUACGGUGGUAGUGGCUUUUGGCUUUCCAGCCAGCAGCGCAACUUUGUUUUUGUAUGUGCACACAGGUCGGUGAAGGUGUUUUCUUGGUGCAUGAAGUGUUCUGUGCUGUGCCGUUCUGCUGCUGGUUAGUACGGUUAAAACGCAGUUUUUCAUUCAUCUCAGUGUUGUUCCCCAGAGAACUCCGUGCUUUCAUUCUUCGCUCUUCGUCCAAACCCUUGCGUGAAAAGAUACGGCACGGCUGUGUGGAAGCGGAUGUGUGUUUGUGUGUGUGCGUGAAUGCUGGCAAUGAUUGCAAUGUUUUCAAUCGCAAAGACAAUAAUGGCGACGGCUGCUUAGUGAUUACGUCCUCGCACGAUCUGCAGCCUACGUACAGUGAAGAAGUGGUCACUUUUUCAUCCGCUGCUCCGUGUACACAGGAGUUUCGGUGGUAGAUUUCGAUGGCAAGCAAACAGGAAAUGAGUCAUUCCAGGCGAUAAUCACUCGGGAAAAGGAACGGAUAAGGAACAAAUUUGUUUUGACUUUUUUUUUUCGUUCGUUGCAUUUCAUUGUGCUAGUUGUCAUCUGUGUCAAGCGUUUGCUGUUUACUAUGAUGCACAGUGUGUGCACACUCAACGGAGAGGAAAAACGGAAAACGUAGCAAAGAGCUUUUUGAUCGAAAGAACGGCAAACGGCAAACUCUGCUGGCUGAAAUGUACUAGCGGAAAUCAGCCGUAGGUUAUAUCGUGUACCGUUGGAAAACGAUCUCAAGUGCUACAAUCAAACGCAAACCGCUGUCGGAAAAUCUAUCACCGGGUGUGAUUGUGCGUUCCAUGUGUUGUUGCUGCUGCGAGUUUAAAGAAACAAUAAUUUCCCUGCGUACAAGCAUAACACACAAACAAUCAUCGUAUGUGAAGACAAUCGCACUCGUACCUGAUACACAAGCCUUAGCCCGGCUCCUGUCGUGAGCCUCCCAAUGCCGGCAACCUGAAGUGGAUGUUAGGCAUGAUCGUCAACAUCAUCACUAUCACCCUCCUAGAGCCGGACAGGCACUAGAGAGCUGUGAAGUUCAUUCUUCCAUCCGGGCGUUAAAAGUCCAGGACGAUCGCGCCCCGACGACCGAAGACGUCUAACGGCUAGCAAUAGGGGAACAGAUAAUAGGCGGCAAACAGAGCACGGGGGAACUAUAUAUAUAGUACACGGUCGAUUAUCGGCGUAACAGUGAAUCGCGCUCCAUUUUGAAACGUAAUCAAGCGGCGUGGCGUGAAAUGAACAUGCAGCCAGCAAUGACGGUGAUAAUGUCUGAGGAGCAGGACGGUUCAGAGCGUUUACAGCAGAAUGGCCGGUAUCAGCACCGGCCACCGAGUAAACCGCCAAUCGCCAAUCGGCGCACUCAUCGCCUGGUGUUGCUGGUUGCAAUGAUGCUGUUGAUGCUGCAGCUGAUACCCUGCGCAAAGGCAGACAUUCUAGUCUAUCAGAUGCUGAACGAUCAGAUUAUCGAAGAAUUUCGCGACCUUCCUGCGACGUUUGGGGGUGAAAUUCCUGACUCCGGGCUGAAGGUGCUGGCAGACAAAUCCGACCCACCGGAUGGUUGUACCGAAAUGCGUCCAGCACCGAACGUUACCAGCAAGUUCGCGGUAGUAAUCGCUCGGUACAACUGCUCGUUCGAGGUGAAGGUACGCAAUGCGCAACAGGCCGGAUACGCGAUGGUGAUCGUUCACAACGUGGGCAGUAACGAUUUGGAGCACAUGUCUGCUAAUCACCCGCAAGAUCUGCUCAUCCCGUCGGUGUUUGUCGGCGAAAGCAGCGGGCGCAGCAUCAUCGAGGCGUACCUGUACGAUCGCGAUUACGCGCUCGUCAUCACCGACGACAUCCCGUUCAACAUUAGCAACAAUCUGAUUAUUCCGUUCGCGAUCGUAGUUGGGCUGUGCUUCAUCAUCAUGCGUGUGUUGCAGGUGCUGUUCAUGAUUAUCCGGUGUAUUCGCGAGCGACGUCGCCGGAUGCGCCACCGGUUGCCGGCACGCGUGCUUCGCCGGAUCGGCAUCGUAAAGUUCGCCAAAGGGAUGCGCUUCGACGUGUGCGCCAUCUGUCUGGAAGAUUUUGUGGAGAACGAGCGGCUGCGGGUGCUGCCGUGUCGGCAUGCUUACCACGCGAUCUGCAUCGAUCCUUGGCUGACGAAGAACCGGCGCGUUUGUCCUAUCUGCAAGAGGCGAGUGAUUGUGCGCGGCGAAACACGGCAGCGCCGGUACUCGAGCGACAGCAUGUCAUCGACGAAUGCGGACGAAUCGACGCCGCUGCUCAACUCGACGGACAGCAGUGCAACGGUGGGCGGUGGUGGUGCAGCAGUCGUCGUGACCGCACCACCGGUCACAUCGUCUUCCACGCCAGCCGCUCCAGCCGGUACCGGUGCGGUUCCGCCGCCCGCUCCACCGCAAAGGGAGGAACAACAAACUCAACAGCAUGCCCCGCCCAGCAGCCAUGUGAUGGAGGUGCCAGCGUCCGAUGACGACGACGAGCUGCUGGACGAUCGGAAUGUACCUAGCGCAAGGUGGUUGUUGCGCGGCCGUGCCACCUCGCAACAGCAGCAGCAGCAGCAACAGCAGCAACAACCACCGAACGAGUCACCGUACACCUCGAUCGGUGACAAUGUUGUAGUUCCACUGUCCCGUUGGAGGUUUUUCCAAAGAUUUUUUUCCACUCAAUCUUCGACGGCCCAGCAAAACGAUGCCAUUGCUCAGCAAGAAUCAGGCUCAUCAUCAUCACAGCCAACAACACCCCUGCAACAAGCGCCCUCGUCUCUGCCGGUCAGUCCCACCGCAGCACCAGUCGGGACCGGCAACAACAUCCUCAACGCGCAGCUGUCCGGUUCGUUCCACGGUUCGGAGGACACGACCGACGACGAGCUGCUCGACGCAAUGCACCGCCACCGGGCUAAGCAGGCGCAGGUGCGCUCCGCACCGGACAUGCCCUCGACCAGCAUGGGUGCACGGCUCGGGGUGGCUGCGCUGCCAAACGUUAACUUUAACCCGGGCGGUGGGCUAGCAGCGCCAACGGAGCUAGCGCCCGCUGGCCCGGGCAAUAACAGGCGUGGGCCCGGUAACAGCAGACGCGCGCCCCGCCGUUCGCCGUGGUGGCCCGAAGCCGGUGGCAACAAUAAUAACCACAUUGUGUAGAUACGGUUUGCAAGGGAAGUUACGGUACGGUGUUGUACGUGUGUAUGGUAAGGCGCUUUCCACGGACAACCGAGACCCCGGUCGGGGUGACAGAGGUGGUGGUGGUGGAGGAGGAGGAGGAGGAGAGAUGUUUUUAGGAUAAUUUUAAAUGGCGUCGAGAAGUACGGCGAAAAUACCACCCCCCCCCCCUCCUCUCCCCUCCGUCUCCAUGGUGAUGAUGAACCGGAUGAACAAACACUGCACGCGGUUGUUCCCUUCAUUCAACAUGAUCAUCAUCAUCAUCGUCAGCCGGCAUAAUAAUGUGCGACCAUAUUGAUGUCGCUUACACACGUGAUAUAGGAGUACAUAUUUAUGUAAGCAUAACAGCAAGGAAAAAGCAAGCUUUUGUUUUUGUUCUUUUUUUUUUUUAUUUUGGAACGACGCCACGGCAACACAUUAUCACCACCAAACAGGCCGGCCGGUCGGAUAUGUUGUUUGUGAUGCAGGAAACAAAAAAAAAGCGAAAGCGAAACCUCUCGAAUGGGUUUGCAAAUUAACAAUUGUUGCCCGGUGUCCAGGUUUGCAUUGCCUCCUGCGUUCGUCCUGCAGGUGGUCGCUUCACGUUGAACUAGUUAUUACCUUAUUACCUUUACACAAGUAUGUAGUCACGUAGAGUUACAUUAAUCGUAUACCAUAUUUUCAUUUUACUAACCCGAACUGAGCAGAGGAAGGAAUUGAUUGGGUGGAUUGUGAUUUGUGGAAGUGUUGUACACCGAGCGCGAUAUGAGGGCAGAGCGAGUGAUGUUAUACCCGGUGCGUUCACAUCUUCCAACCUAUAAGACGUUAGGCCGUGGAGGGGCGUCCAUGUAGUAGCAGUAUCCCCAGAUUACACGCCAUUAAUGGAACUCGUCGGCUUUUUGUGUUUUUUUUUUGUUUUCGUUUUGUGGCUGCGUGCCCGCCCUCAUUAGUCUCCAAACGCCCAUCGUCGUCCUUUACCCACCAUCCGUGAUUAGUGCUAGUAGCGCGGCGUUAGAGAACAGCAAGUGGUAGUUAUGUGUAGAGAGUGAGAGAGAGAUAGAGAAAGAGAGGUGGGUUUAGGAAUAAAAAAAAACAUUCGAAGUAACCAUUGUAAAAUGGAUUGUCCAGUAAGCGAAAUCGAUUCAAUGUAGACAAUUUACGCGAGGAAGAUGCUAGUUGGUUGCAUCGGAAGUGGAGUAAGGUACGUUCAAUUGUGCAAAAGCGCUCGGCCUCUUGGAGGAAAUCGGUACAGAAAUGGAGAACUUGCGCCACUCAUCAUCCCCCACGCUGGAGGGAGACACUAAUGUAACUGAUUGAAUGCAUGCAACCACCAACUCAUCGUCGAAGAACAAAGAAUUUACAAUAAAGUCAACCACUAGUGAAACACGA